AUGACGACGACAACAGCAAAGGCGACUGGCAAGCGGAAAUGGCGCAGCCAAAAGAGGACCAUAAAUCUGGAUAUACCCAUUAAUACCCAUCGAUUGGCCCAUGCCUCACAUUCAUCCUCGACGCUGCCGGAUGUGCCAGCGGAUGUGGCUUCCAGGAAUCGCAUGGAAGUGCUGCAAUAUUUAAACUCAGUGCCAAAGGGCUCCAAGUGCAAUGUGCAAUGCGGCCGCGAGCCGAGUUUUGACGUUAGAUUAGUCGAGCGUGCGCGCAUAUUUUUCCCACGAUCAGGAUACACCCCGAAGAACCACACUACCACCAUGAAGGAUCGCUUCAACAGGAUAACCUGGACGGAAGUCCUGCCAAGCAUGCUGCUACUCAUCGUGCUAAUGGCCACCACAACCUUAGCCUUUCCCGACGGAGCACCCGCGGAUACGUGUGUGAAAAAGCGGGCUAAUCAGCCAAAUCACGGCACGGCCAGGAGCCAGCCGGCGGAAACGAAUCCCUUUGAGGUGGUGGCCGACUCUCAGACCUAUCAUCCCGGCCAGCAAAUUUCAGUGGUGGUCUACCCGCACUCUGGACAUGGUCAGGUCUUUCGGGGAUUCUUCCUCCAGGCGCGCGAUGCCAACUCGAAUGAGUGGAUCGGCGAGUGGGUGCAGAGUGAGAACACCAAGACCAUUCCAGAGUGCUCGGCCAUAACGCAUGCAGACAAGAAGGACAAGUUAGGAGCCAAGCUCAUCUGGAAGGCGCCGCAAAACAAGCGAGGAAAUGUCUACUUUACGGGCACUGUGCUUCAGCAGUACGGCACCUUCUGGAGCGACAUCGUCAACAAGGUGCAGGCGGAGCCGCAGUAUUGAAAUUAUGUACUUUUACUUACUUAGCAUAAGGCAGCUGUAUCCCGCAACUGAUGCCGGGCAAUAAAUUGUAAAGACCCU